AUGCGUACCUCAACAGCUCUUCUUGCCACCCUCCUCGUCGCCGUCGCCACCGUCUCGGCUCAGGAUGCUUCCACCCAGCCCGAGACCCCCCUUCCUUGCUACGAGCAGACCUGCUCUCCCUUGAUCAGCGCCCUUUCCGAGUGCCAGAUCACCAUCGACUCUGCCACCGGCAACAUCAACUUCCCCGUUACUGCCGACACCUCUGGCACCACUGACAAAUGCCUCUGCAAGCAGUCCAUCGUCGACGCCUACGACCCUUGCUACAACUGCGGUGCCCAGUCCUCCAAGAUCCAGGAUCGCUACUCGACCUUGAGCUUGGUCAACUCGUGCAAUGCCAACUUUGGUGCCAACACUGUUGUCAUGCCAGGCAAGGCCUCGUCGGCUUCGUCCGUCCGCGCCGGCUCCCUUGCUGCCACCGCCGUCGCCGUCGCCUCGGUUGCCUUCAUGGUGCUCGCCUAA